AUGGGAAAAGGGAAGCACUAUGGGAAAAGUUGUGUUUCACUAGAUUCAGCCUUGCCACAAGAAUGCACACUGGUUUUGAUCAACCCAGGGCAUAUGAUUGAUAGUGUUUUUAUCAAAGGAACAGAUCAAGCAGACUAUAAAGCACCACAAGGUUGUAUGUCUCCUUCCUUGUUAUCUUCAUCUGCUUCUUUUGAAUCAAUUAUCCCCAGUUGGCAUGAUGAUUCAGAACAUGAAUUCCCGGAUCCUUGGCAGUUAUCAAGCAGAUUCAACCCAUUGUCAAGAAAUGAUAGAGAAAGCGGGCUGUUUUCAUUGAAAUAUAAAGAUAGAAAAUCAAUAUCAUGGAAGACUGGAAUCCGGUUCCUUUAUUCGGUUAACAUGGCUUCCCUUAUUGACGAAAUCUCCGCCCUUCUCAUGCCAAUAACUGUGUACCUAACAAAGGUGUGGUCUGGAAAGGCUGCUGAGGUGGGCAUGAUUGAUGGUAUGAUGAUGGGGCAGACUGUCCUUGCUGAGUUGCUUCGGGAAGUGGAAAUCAAGAAUAAAAUCACUUACAGAAGACGUUUAGGUUCCUCAAAUUCAAGAGCAAUGGAAAACAAGCCAGGAUGGAGGGCCAUUUCUUACAUCUUGGGAAAUCAAAUAGUUGAGAGGAUUGCAACAUUAGGAAUGAUGGCAAAUUUCAUGGUGUAUUUGUUGCAAUUCUUCAACUUGGGUCAGACUGCUGCAGUAAAUGUUCUUGGCGCAUGGAAUGGAGUUAGCAAUUUAAUACCAAUUAUUGGUGCCUGUGUUGCUGAUGCUUAUCUAGGCAAAUUCAAAACCAUUGCCAUUUCAUCAUUUGGAACACUACUGGGCAUGGUGAUACUAACAUUAACAGCGUGGGUGCCACAACUUCAUCCUCCAAGUUGCACUGGAACUGAGCACUGUGUUCCUCCGACGAGUUCUCAACUUGGGUUCUUGAUUUUAGGACUUGGCUGGCUGGCUCUGGGCACAGGGGGGAUUGGACCAUGCACUAUUCCCUUUGCCAUUGAUCAGUUUGACACAACUUGCUCUGAAGGAAGGAAAGGAGUGAACAGAUUCCUUAAUUGGUUCUACAUUUCACAGACAGUUGUUAUGUUGAUAAGUCUGACAGCAGUUGUUUACCUCCAGAGCAAAAGCUGGAUCUUGGGUUUUGCAAUACUAAGUCUUCUCAUGUCAUUUUCAAUUAUCAUAUUUUUUGUUGGAGCUAGCGUUUAUGUUUAUAUUCCACCAGAGGGGACCAUAUUUUCUGGUAUUGCUCAGGUGUUUGUUGCAGCUUAUAAGAAGCGUCACCUCAAAAUUCCAGUAAUAGAAGAUGAGGGUCUUUACUAUGAUCCCCCGGUGGAUGCAAAAACACUACUGAAGAUGCCCUCAACCCAACAACUCAGGUGUUUAAACAAAGCUGCCCUGAUAGGAGACAAUGAACUUGACGCAAGAGGUGGUGUAAAAAAUCCAUGGAGACUUUGCAGCAUUCAGCAAGUGGAAGAAGUCAAAUGUUUGAUAAAAAUGCUUCCAAUCUGGGCUUCUGGUAUUCUUUGCUUGAUUCCCGUAAUACAACAAGGCACCUUCCCAGUAUCGCAGGCCUUGAAAAUGGACCGUCAUCUUGGAGCAAACUUCACACUUCCACCUGCAACCUACAACGUGGUGUCCCUAAUCACAGUUGGCAUAUUCCUCCCAUGCUUUGACCUCUUUAUGCAACCAGCAUUAGCAAAAGUGACCAAAAAAGAGGAGGGUCUGACGAGCCUUCAGAAGAUAGUGAUCGGUGAUAUAUGCUCAGUUCUCACAAUGCUAAGCGCUGGCUUGGUGGAGUGGCGAAGAAGGGGUGUGGCAAUCUCACAUGGUGCACCUGAUGGGGUUGCCCCCAUGAAUGCAAUGUGGCUGGCACCACAAUUUGUGUUCUUGGGAUUGUGUGAGAUGUUUACCCUUGUUGGACACUUUCAGUUCUACAGCACGGAAUCACCAGAGAAAAUGAAAAGCAUAGGAAAUUCGUUGCAGUAUCUUGUGAUGGCUUUUUCAAUUUACGUUGGCACGCUGAUGGUGAACGUGGUGCACCAAGUGACUCGAAAGCGUUGGGGAAUUGAUUGGCUCAACGAUGACAUCAACGCUGGCAGAUUGGACUACUAUUACUUCCUCGUAGCAGGAUUUGCUGCAAUGAAUCUUUUCUACGUCUUGCUCUGUGUUAAAUGCUACCAUUACAAGGUCGUCAUCGUCAAAGUAGAAGUUGAAGACAGUCCUUUAUUGAGCCCUUUAGCUGUGUUGUAAUGUAAACGGUUCUGGUCUAAAGUUCAAAUGACUCAACUUUGUUUUGAAAUUGAACAUAGAUUUGGGAUAGUGAAUUUAAAGGAAAAAACUAAGUGAAA